CGGUUUUAUUCGGUUUUAAUAAUACAUUGUGAUAGCAACUAUUAAAAUGUUUCUCGUUCUUUGUGUCACAUAUCUUGUUUUUUUAAUACCAUGUCUUACUAAUGAUGGACUUGAAGAACAUGGCGUUAAAUACGCUAAUCAAUGUGAAGCAUGUAAAAUUGUAGCUACCGAGUUAGAAGCAAGAUUAGAUGAAACAGGAAAAACGCAUGAUGUAAUUGAAAUUGGAUACUCUGUUGAUGAUAUUGUUCCUAAAAAGAGAAAAGAAUAUAAAAAAUCAGAAUUACGUUUGGUAGAAUCAAUGGAGAAUAUUUGUGAACGUAUAUUACAAUAUAAUAUUCAUAAAGAAAGAACAGAUAGUACAAGAUUUGCGAAGGGAAUGAGUCAAACAUUUAAAACCCUUCAUGGUUUAGUGGACAAAGGUGUCAAAGUAGAAUUGGGGAUCCCUUAUGAAUUGUGGGACAAUCCUUCAGUAGAAAUUACUACAUUAAAAACACAAUGUGAAAACUUACUUGAAAAUCACGAACAAGAUAUCGAAGAUUGGUAUUAUAAUUAUCAAGGAAAAGUUCCUUUAAUGAAAUAUUUAUGUUCAGAUCGGGCAUUGAAGGGACAAGAUGAUUCGUGUCUUAAAGAAAAAAAUAAUACUGGGAAAAAUAAUAUUAAAGAAGAGAAAAGGAAAACGAAGAAAAACAUUAAUAUAGAAAAUGAAACAAGGAAUACAAAUGAUAUAAAGGAAGAAUUAUAAUAUAAGAAAAAUGAAAUAAAUAAUGAAACGUG